CCUAGAGACAAAAGAACAACAAUCCCAGGGGAAGCAUAUGAGAUAUGCAUGGACCCCUCGAACCAGCAUAAGGUGAACUAGGGGAAAUACAUACACAGUGAACUACUCCGCGCGGCAACAAGAUGAAAGAAGAUUUUAAGAGAAAGGAGGAUGCCCCACGUGUACGGAUGCGUAUUAGUGUUGCAGGUGCUCCACUUUGACUCUGUUGACUGCUCUGCGUUUGUCAAUCCCGAUCUGUCCGUGCGUCCAAGAAUAAGGUUCUUCACAGCUGGCAAAAUCGGCAGACUUAUACUUGGCAACACCAUCCCAGGCACUGUUCCUAAGCAGUACGGUGUGAUGAAGGCUAGGGUGGUGCCAACUCAAAACCUCCUGUGGGACACGACACAUGUCAGGCGCAAAAUCGCAGAGGCUAAAGCUUUUAUAAACAGGUCGCUGCAUGAACACUCGCUGGCUAGUACAGAGCGCAACAAGAAGUUUUCCCAGAGGCUAUCUGAGCUUAACAGCGGGGCCAUUUGUUUUGUGAACAACAACAUGCGCAAGGAGAUUGAAAUGCACAUGGAAAAUGAGAGGGUAGUGACGAGGAGGCACAUGGAAGCUUUAAUUAAGUACGUUGAUGAGCUGGGCCUGGGAGACUUUGGAAACGACCUAAAACAGCAACUCAUUGCUGUGGCGGCUCAAACAGGUGCCUACAGCGGGACUGGAGAAGGGACGAGCCGAAAUGAAGCAUUAAAUCCUGGCCAAUCCAUUCCUGCAGCGGGUGUGCUCCGUCCUGUUGCCAUUCGUCCUGAACCAGUGCAUCCCCCGGUCCCCAAUUGCGAGCCCCUGCAGCAUAUUGAUAGUGUUUCAUCCUUAAUGCUGCCCGGGGAGGUUGAGGUAGACGAGAUGGCCAAUCCAGUAUUGCCAAGCGUGCCAAUUCGUAUGUCCAUGGGGUCUUUUGGACAGUUUUAUCUAAAUGGUGGCCUAGCUAAUGUGCCACGGCCUGAUGAAAACAUGGGGUUUGUGCACCUGGGGAAGAGAAAAGAAAGAGACUUUGAUGAGGGGGGUGAGAUAAUUAUUUACGAGGGGAAACGCGCCCCUCCUAUAGAAUUGAAUCUGUUGUCAAGUUUUGGAGCUGACAACUCUAGCAGCAGCUCCGUGCCAUGCAUGCAUCACGGGAGAUCUCCAUUCAGCAUACCUGGCUUCACUUAUGAGUUUGUUUCACCAGCAGUCGCCAACAAAGGAUGGGAAAACAUGACUCAGUGCUGACGUGAUGUUUUAGACAGUACAUGGUUUGAUCUCGCUGGGCCGCCCCACAUCGUAAUGUCCGGGAGCGAGUUCUAUGCAAACUUUUAUCAGCCGGGGGGGCUUGAUGACAAGGGUUGUGAGGUUGUAAACAUGUUUAUGGUCGAGCAUGAUGGAAGGUGGCACAAAAGCUCCGACAGGAGCCGUUUCCGUCACCCUUUGCCGCCGUACUUUGCGGCCAAAGUCAUGGAGGAAGGGUACGAUUUAUUGACUGGUCCUUACAUAAAAAAACUGUUUGUUGGAGAGCGCGUGUGUUACGAUGUGAAGACAUGCCGUCUGAUACUGGUCCCUAUGAAGGGUGGGAGCGGCUACCACGUGUUGUACAUCUUCAACAUGAUGAAGAAAAUUGUCCACGUGAUGGAUCCUAAGAGGGCGCACUACAAUGUUGUUGAGCUCGAAAGGAAGCAUACAGGAUGCAUCGACAGGCUCCUGUUCGCACUGUGCAAGUGCAUAGAGACGUUUUUCAAUGGGUGGCAUAUUAGAGAGGAUGAAUUCACAAGAAAAGCGCACCGCAUGAUGCAUGAGCCGUCCUCAAGCAAUGACUCCACCUUCUACACAUUCACUGCAUGUGGUGGUUUGAUGGUGAAUACAUGCAGAAAGAGAUCUGGCAGGACCAGCUGACGCCGUUCAGACAGCAACUCAUGAGAAUGGUUCUCACCCUGCCCGGAAACAGAGUGCUGCCUCCACAGGAUGUGGUGGACUCUAACGUGUGAUGGAUAGAGGGUUUCUCGUCCAAUAAUCGUGUGCUUCGUACUAGUAUUUUCAUAAUCCAUAGUUUAAUCGCUUGAACAAGAUUCGAUGUCUCGCACUAGUAUUUGUAUAAUUAAAACUAUUGUCUGGUGGAUCUUGGUCAUGUUGAAAACAAUCGGGCCGGUAUUACCAGUUUGUAUGUGUGCAAAUA